UCUGCCCCCCGCGACUGACCUGAUGUGGACCGAAGCGUUUCUAACAUGAACUUUCUCUCUGGGAUCUGGUGGUCUCUUCCCCUGAUCUUGGUCUGGGCGACCCCACCAGUCACCUCCUCAUGGUGCUGCAAGUGCAAAGGGUCGAAAGCCCUGCGGGCAGCGCGGGACCCCCCUGCGCACGGUAUUGGUCUCGUUGCGGGGCGUCCAAGCGAGCUGCAAAACACGGGUCCGUGUAGUCGGGAAUCUGCUUUUGUACAUGCCAUCUCCUCCGCUGGGGUUGUUUUUGCCAUCACCAGGGCAUGUAGCCAAGGGGAGCUGAAAUCCUGCUCCUGCGAUCCCAAGAAGAAAGGCUCUGCCAAGGACAGCAAGGGCCAUUUUGACUGGGGUGGCUGCAGCGAUAACAUCGACUACGGCGUUAAAUUUGCCAGAGCCUUCGUGGAUGCCAAAGAACGGAAAGGAAAAGAUGCAAGAGCGCUGAUGAACCUUCACAACAACAGAGCUGGAAGGAAGGCCGUGAAGCGGUUUUUGAAACAGGAGUGCAAAUGUCACGGUGUGAGUGGAUCAUGCACUCUAAGGACCUGUUGGCUGGCCAUGGCAGACUUUAGGAAAACAGGAGAUUAUCUGUGGAAGAAAUACAAUGGAGCGAUUCAGGUGGUCAUGAAUCAAGAUGGCACGGGUUUCACUGUGGCUAAUAAGAGAUUUAAGAAGCCAACUAAGAAUGACCUGGUAUACUUUGAAAGCUCUCCAGACUACUGUAUCAGGGACAGGGAUGUAGGGUCCCUCGGGACAGCUGGUCGGGUUUGUAACCAAACCUCCCGCGGCAUGGACAGCUGUGAAGUGAUGUGCUGCGGGAGAGGCUACGACACCUCCCGUGUCAGCAGAAUGACAAAAUGCGAGUGCAAAUUCCACUGGUGUUGUGCUGUGCGCUGCCAGGACUGCCUAGAAGUGGUAGAUAUUCACACCUGCAAAGCGCCAAAGAGCGCUGCCUGGAUCUCCCGGACAUGA